UUGCUCCUGAAACGAGCAGGAGACGCGAAACGCCCACCCGCCCACUCUCUUCCAGUCCCCCUUUUCCUUUCUGACAGUCAACAGGAAGACUGUGCCGAGCCUGCCAAAAAGACAACACAGAGAGAGAGAGAGAGAGAGAGAGAGAGAGAGAGACAGGGAGGGAGGAGGGGUACAAGAAACAAACUCCAAACUCCAGGUUGCUUCUCUCAGCCAGAACAAAAAGACAAGAGGAGACCAGAGACCUUCUGCAUGUGAGAAGAAGACAGAUAACAUCUCCAAGAAUUUGCACGCGAGAAUAAGAAAGCCCAAACCCGGCCUGAUGUCUAACAAGCGUGCCAAACCGGAAAAAACAGAAAAGCCCAAAAUGGCGCAGCGACUAAGCCGCGAUCUGACCUGCUCAAUCUGCCUGGAUUUAUUCAAGCAGCCCGUGUCUCUCCCGUGCGAUCACACGUUCUGCCAGUCCUGCAUUACCAACUACUGGAGCGGCGGAGGCGCGCGCGCACCCGGCCAACCUGGCACCGGUUCAUCCGGCUCGUGCCCUCAGUGCCGCAAAGUUUUCCCCGGUCAGAGUUACCGGCCCAACCGCAUCGUGGCCAACAUCGUGGAGAGCUACAGCCGGGAGAUCGAGGAGGAGAGCGCGAGCGCCACGAGCAGCACACCGAGCUUCGCACCGCGUUGCGCGCGACACCGCGAGGAACUGAAGCUGUACUGCGAGGAGGAGCACGAGCUCGUGUGUCUCGUCUGCGCCGUAUCUCAGGAGCAUCGGUCUCACGCGCUGGUGUGUGUGGACGAGGCGGAGCAGAAAUACAGGAUGUCACUGAGAGGCUCUGCCACGGCACUUCAGGCAGAGUUGAACACGGCAUUGGAGUGUGAGAGAGAGACUGAGGAUGAGGUGAAGAAACUGAAGGAACACACUGCAGACCUCAAGCAGCGUAUCGAGGCUCAGUUUAGUGACCUCCACCAGUUCUUGUAUCAGGAGGAGAAAUUGCUACAGGUGAAGCUGAAGACGGAGGAGCGGCGGGAGCUGAUCCGCCUGGACGAGCACAAAGCACUGCUGUGUGUGGAGAUAUCACGACUGCGGCGUGCUCUCUCAGAGAUCGAGGAAAAACUGAGAGAGCAUGAUCCAUACACACUGCUGAGGAACAUAAAGACUCUCCUUCAAAGGCAGCCACUGAAGUUUGAGAAACCGUCUCUGACACCGCCACAGCUGUGUGAGGGUCGAUUUGCUGGGCCGCUUCAGUACCGCGUCUGGAAAUCUCUCAAAGGCAGCCUCUAUCCAGUGCCUUCAGCCAUCACGUUCAACUCGAGCACAGCGAACCCAUGGCUGAGCGUGACCCCGUCGCUCACCUGCGUGCGCUACCAGACCUUCAACAGCUCUGCACGUGACAACCCUCAGCGCUUCGACGCCGCUCUGUCACUGCUCGGCAGUCAAGGCUUCACCCACGGAUGCCACUACUGGGAAAUUGAGGUGUCAAGCAGUGCUGUGUGGACAGUGGGCGUGGCACGAGAAUCUGUUGCCAGGAAAGGUGUGAUCAAAGCGCUGCCAGCCAACGGCUUCUGGACCGUCUCGCUCUCCUACGGUGUGCAGUACAUGGCGGGGACGUGGCCUCCCACGGUCCUGUCCUUGCAUGAGCAGUUGGAGCGCAUUGGUGUGUACCUGGACUAUAAGAGAGGCCUUGUGUCGUUCUAUAAUGCUGAGAGCAUGACACACCUCUAUACGUUCCGUGACACCUUUAAUGAGACGCUCUACCCUUACUUCAACCUCGGCUUUCUGGAUAAAGUGCAUGAGAAUGAGCCACUUAAAGUGUUCAUGCCCAAAAUAUGAAUGAAUUCAGGCUGAAUUCAGGUGCUAAUACUAUAAGGAAUUCAGUGUAGGGUCCAAAACCUUGAGUACACUACCAAGGGAUGUUUUAUUGAAUCAAUUAUCAAAUCAUGCAUUCUUCUCAGUUUGAUAUUAUUCAGGAAUCCAUUGUUUAGUGGUGUAAUGAAUCUCUCUCUCUCUCUCUCUCUCUCUCUCCAUGUGUAUAUAUA